CGCGACACUCAUGCGUGUCAUUGCAGGAGUCGGAUCGAUCAUUCCAGCACACUCACCCCCCUGUUUGUUGCAGGAGUAGGGAGUAGUACUAGCUACCAACCUUGGUUGCUAGGAUUGCUCUUGGUCAUUCCGUUACGACGCGAAGGAACAAACGGGGUCGUUGCAUUGACUUAGUAGAUAGACAGCAGCUGCCGCCAACAUGGUGGUCGUUUACACGCCGCUAUCUAUCUGGGUCCAGUGUGCCAGUUUGGCCUUUACCCUGGGCGGUAUGCACGGUGAUUUAUUGGCCAUUCGGUUUUUCCUCUUUCUCGCGUACGUCUUUUUGUUCCUCAACGCCUGCUUGGGAUCUCCCCUGUGGGGUGCACCCACCAAUUCGGGAGGAGUAGCCGUGGACAGCCUACUCUGGGCAGUUUUGAAUAUGUACGUGCACGGCUCAUCGCUCGUCCGACUCGUUCUGGACGAGCGACCCGUGCACUUGACCGAAGAGGAAGACGCACUCUGGCGUAUGUUCUAUCGCACCGGUGGACUCUCCAAACGACUCUUUCACGCAAUCCUCGUCCCGCAUUUGGAAGUCAUUGAGGCACAAGCCGGCGACGAACUCCUCACGGAAGAUUUCUUUUACAUUCAGUACCACGGAAGGGCGCAUUUGCAAGUACUGGACGGCGAGCGCCUGGUUGCGGAUCGCUAUACAAGGUCGGGAGAAAUGUUUGAUUUCAAGUGUCUAGGCAUGUUCCCCGCCAACACCAUGAUAGCCAAACACGUGGUCAAAUGCCGGUGCGAGAACCGCACGAAACUCUUUCGAUUUAGCCGCGCCAAUAUGGAACGGAUUGCACACCACAAUUUUGUCAAGGGCAUUUGGCAAUCACUCCUCAUCAACAAUAUAUCGUUCGUGCUCGAACGCCAGCGCGUGGACGACCGGGAUUGCAUCCUCCCCGAAGGAGCCUGCGACGCCAUCUUUGCACCCCUCCAGCCCUGGGAAGAACCGAAUUCCAUUCUGGCUGGAUCCAAUAAAUCCUUAUCCCGCCCCACGGCGCAUUUGUUGUUUUCCAUUCACAAGUCGUUCAGUCCCCCGUGGCCCUUUGGGGGACACCCAACGGGGAUGCGGCAAGUGCAGCUGCCACCACCCGUGCCGCCCCCGUCGGGCGAUCCGCAAGCCUAUCCACCGUUACACAAUAUCUCGUCGCGUGGCUGGCAUGACGAGGAUGAGGACGACAUCGGCACGACCGGCCACCGCAUGCGCACCUGGUUAUGGUCAAUUCCUCGGCGAGUCAUGUCCCGACGCAAUUCGGCGGAAUCUUCGUCGUCUACCCCUGCCCUGGGCGAACUAGAGCCCGACACCGUUGAAGACGAUUUCGAAGGAAAAGUUGCCACCGAACUGUUAGUGGAGGCGACCGAAGAUUGGCAGGUAGCAAUUCACGAUCGGCCGGAAGCAGCUGCCAGAGCAUCUCGUGAGAACGAAAAGACUGCCAAUGUUUGAAGGUUUUUGCGCAAACCGUGAUGGACAAUAUCGCGGUCCGCAAUUGUGUUGAUGGGUCGGUUGAAAGUGUGAGCUAUGAACUUGCCGGCCGGGAUCGCGUUCGAUCCGCCAUGCCAAGGGUGAGAAUUUUGUGUACGGAAUAAUUGUAUAUCGAGAAUGUAUUGAUUCCCGGUAACCAGUUUUCGUGAUUCCUCUCGGGCACCAUAUUUCUGGUGGCGGUCCGGAGUAGAAUACCUUUUAAUGUCCGGUCAAUGUCGGUCAAUCAAAGGACCAUAAUUAUCUUUGUUCUUGGUGUCUCGUCUGGUGCGGUAUCGCCGUUCGACUGAACUUCCAGGAUUGUUGCCGGUGGGAAAACGAAAUUAUCACGCAGACAUGCGUCAUAGAUUGUAAAUACAGUUGAUUCGGAUCUGUCGUUC